AUGGUGUCCGUGGUUGUUAUUGUGGUGUCGCUUGGGGCUGCUUUUGCACUUGCUGUCCAAGCGUGGUCUUCUUCUCUUCGCAGGUCUAAAGCCACGCGACCAAUUCCUGGGCCAUCAGGGCUUCCAAUAAUUGGUAAUCUGCGCGAUAUUCCCACAGGCUUUUUGUGGUACAAGUUUACUGAAUGGUGCGACAAGUAUGGGCCUCUGGUCAAGUUCAACAUCGCAGGUCACGAUCAUUUAAUUAUUAAUACUGAGAAAAUUGCCAAUGAUCUCAUGAGGGAGCGUGGCAACAUCUAUUCAUCCCGCCCACAAAUUCCCAUGGCAGCCCAAUUGUUAUCCCAAAAUAUGCGACCUGUUCUUCUGCCCUAUGGCGAUACGUGGCGAAAUGGACGAAAGCUGAUGCACCACCUUGCUAUGCCCGCAGUUGCCAGGAAAUACGAACCAAUUCAAGAGCAAGAAUCUAUCCGCGUUCUCCACGAGCUUCUCCAUGACAGCGCAGAAUACGAACAAUGGUUCGAACGCUAUGCCGCUGGUUUGAUUAUGCAACUAGCUUUUGGCCAAAAGAUCAUUACCGGCAAAGAAGAGCCUGUUCGUCGAAUUUAUACUAUUCUAGACCAUCUGUCCCGUCUGAGCGAGCCAGCGGGGUAUUUGGUCAAUAUUUUCCCCAUCCUUCUGAGGCUUCCGAGCUGGCUGGCGCCUUUCAAGAAAGAGGCUGCGAGACUCCACGCUGAAGAACUAGAUCUAUUUUCUUCGCUGGUGAAAGGGGUGGAGGUCCGUCGCAGCAAAGGAGAUCCACAUGCUGGGAACACCUUCACUAGCAAGUGGCUUGAGGACAAAUCUGCAUAUGGUUUGACAGAUCCCGAGGCAUACUAUGUUCUAGGAACGCUCUUUGAAGCUGGCGCCGGGACGACUGCUGCCGCCAUGAUGUCUUUUGUUCUUGCUAUGGUCCUGUAUCCUGAUAAAUAUGAAAAGCUCAAAAGUGAACUGGAUACGGUGGUAGGAUCAACCCGCCUACCAACAUUCGAGGACUUCGCCGACCUUCCCUACAUGCGAGCUUGUGUCAAAGAGACUUUACGAUGGCGCCCAGUCACCCCUACAAACAUACCACACGAAUUAACGCGAGACGAUGUUUAUGAAGGCUAUUUGAUAAAGCAGGGGACGGUUAUACAAGUCAAUCAGUGGGGCAUCCACCGCGAGCCUGAGCUCUACCCGAAGCCUGAAGACUUCCUGCCAGAACGAUGGCUUGAGCCUUUCUACCCAACUUAUCGGGAACCUCUUGAAAAGUAUCCCAAUCUACAGAACUUUUCUGCAUUUGGGUUCGGAAGGCGAAUCUGUCCGGGUUUGCACAUAGCUGAAAGAAGCCUCUACCUCCUGACGGCGCGUAUCUCUUGGGCCUUUGAUAUCAGUGCGAAGCCUGGUGUCACCUAUAGAGAUGAUGACUAUGUACCCACAGGUUUGGCACAACCAAAGUGGUUCGAUUUCCACUUGGCCGCAAGAGAUGACAGGACGAAAUAUGUGGAGGACGCCUAUCAAGAUUCAGAAUGGCCACGCUUACAGACUUGA